GCAGCCCUCCUCCUAUCCCACCUUUAAAAAAAAAAAAAGGAGAGAGAAAAAAAAAUCCCACCCACCCACCUCUUGACUAUGUCCGUCCGCCCCGGCCCAGAGUCCAAUGUUCGGCCGGUGUUCACCGAGUGUGGGUUGUUGUGUUGGGGCGGUUAAGUUUUGCUUCAGUCGUUAGCAUCUGUGUGAAUAUUUCAGUUGUUGUAGAGUUGACGUUUGUGUGUAACUCUUUUUCGUGACAGCACAUCAACGCCAAUAACUUCGGCAUUCGCUUCAUAACGAACCCAGCUGCUGUUGUUUCUUGUCACUGGUUCGUGCAGCCAACGAUCCAAGAUUAUCGUGAGUCUGCGGUUAGGUUUCAGGUUGAUCUGAAAGAACUUUGUUUUAAUUGUCUCCUCGUAGUUCUGUUUUGUGCGUAUCAUCGAUUUUAAAGUUUACUCGAAUUCCAUAUCGACUCGAUCGAUUUCGAGAUCAAAAGUGCCGUGAUCGAAAUUAUGAAGGUGCGUCGCAGGAUAAAUCACAAAGACAUGUUUAUGGACACUUCAAUGUCUCCGGCCUCAUCGCUACAUCCCGUCAGUCCAUGCGAGAUCAAACGAGAAAAGACGGAAGCUCUUUCGCCGUCCGACUGUUCGAUUGACUCGACCAGCGGCAUGGGCGUCGGUGGCAUCGGGAGCGUCGGGAGUAACGGUAGCGUCGGGUUGACAGCCGGAUCUAGCGGCCAGGUCGGAGUCGCGGCCGGAGUGUGCGCUGCUUGCGGCGAGCUGAUUACCGACCGCUUCCUGAUUCAAGUGUCCGGCCGGACGUGGCACUCGACUUGCCUGCGCUGUUCCGUCUGCCGGACGGCCCUCGACAACCAACCUUCCUGCUUCGUCAGGGCCGGAGCCAUCUACUGCCGAGCCGAUUACACCAGGACAUUCGGAGCCAAAUGCGCUCGAUGCAGUCGAUCCAUUUCGGCCGCCGAUUGGGUGAGACGGGCGAGAGAGCACGUCUACCAUCUAGCCUGUUUCGCCUGCGACGCCUGCCGACGCCAGCUCAGCACCGGUGAAGAGUUUGCCCUGCACGAAGGCCGCGUUCUCUGCAAGACUCACUACCUGGACGGCCUGGACGCCGGAUCCACCUCAUCCGACGAAACGGAUCCGGAAGGAGGCGGACGAUCGAAAUCGAAACGAGUGCGGACCACUUUCACCGAGGAGCAGCUUCACGUCCUUCAGGCCAAUUUUUUACUGGACUCGAAUCCGGACGGCCAAGACCUGGAACGCAUCGCCAACCUAACGGGCCUCUCCAAAAGGGUGACUCAGGUGUGGUUCCAGAACAUGAGAGCGCGGCACAAGAAACACCUCAGCACUUCCACUAGUUCCGGAUCGAACGGUCACAACAACAACAACAAUAUCAACAACACCAACCAUAACAACAACAACAAUGGAAACCCAGUCAACAAAGGAGGACGUCGCAAUAACCCAGGCAAUGGUCAACAACCGGUUUCAUUGCCAACCGAACUGGAGAAUAAUCCCGGCAACGGUAUCAAACGGAUGGACUCUUCCGAACAGGCCGGCUACAGUCUGCACCUGCUCUACUCGUACACUAUGCAAACACCUGAUAGUGGCGAAUCUUCAUCGAGCGACGCAAUGAUGAGAUCGGUCCGCGGUGAUUUGUGAAUCCUUCCUCAUCCAGGGGCUGCUUCGCCAACUGGACAAUCAUUGCACGACGUUAAAAAGGUGCGAGUGCACAAAAGUGUAAAACACUGUACAGAAAAAUAAUCUACCUGCCGCAAACAAACAACAAGAAAAUCGUCUGUUUAUUCGAGUCAUACGUACACUGCUGCGCGUGAUUCAUUUCCAUCGUCUGAUUUUCAUCGUCAGGGUUCUAGUCCUGCUGCCGCUCACGCACAAUGAGUGUGUCUCCCGUUUAUUCCGAUUUUCUUAAUUCCAGAUGCUUCUCCAAUUUUUUUUUCUCUAAUGAAAACACGUGUCUCUUACAUUUCCUUUUUUUUUUUUUUUUUGCUAUUGAAGUGAUAGAAAACUAUAAUCUAACGCUGAUUUCAUUGACAAUGUUGUUGUUGUUUUUCUGUCUGAAGGGAUACGGAAAAAGAAAUGUUAACGAGAAUGAGCUUUAACCUUUACCCGCUUUUCUGUACAUACUUUUUAAUGGAUUUCGAGAAAAGAAGAAAACAGAAUAGAAUUAAAAUUGUGCGAGUACGAGAGGUAAACAAUAACAAUGACGCGUUGUUAUUGUUGUUAAAAGAAAACAGACUAACACAUUCCGGUUAAUUUGAAUAGUAAAAAUUAUAAAAAGAAAUGUUUUAGUUUUUAUUAUGUAAUAACAGUGGUUAACUAAACUCUUGUCUGCUUCAUUUUCAUUCCCACUCUCGUGCUACAUACUAUAAAUAUAAUGAUAACACACGUAUUUUCAGCCCUAUGAUGUGCGCUCCUUCCCCACAAACUAUUGUAGACAUUUCUUGUAUAACACGUCUAAGAAAAACAAACAAAAAAAAUUCUUAUUAUAAAUGAUAACAGAAUAUUAUCUAUUACUUGUACAUAUUACAUAAAAUUGACAGAGCACUGAUCACCCCCCAACGAUCACAGCCUCACCACUACAGCAAAAAAAAAAAAGACAAUUUGUUUUUAUUAUUAUCCCGCGUGUUCUAAUUGCGUUGUUCUCCACACUUCCUUUCCCGCUUCAGUUCAAACCUCAAAAACCGAAAAAAAAUAUUCAAAAAAAAACCGUGUCGAUGAAUAAACGUAAUA